AUGUCGUCGAAACGCCAGGCCAGUCUGAGCAGCAACGGAACUUUGGAAGGCAUGAGUCGGCUGUUUUCGAUGCGGAAUCGAGCUGUUGCUUUAGUCACUUGUGAGCAGACUAACUACCACUUCGAGUGGCACAAACGGGAAUUCUACGCAUUGGCUCCAUCCGGCGGGCUUCUGAUAGUCGAGGUCGAGAGAUUGCUUUGGAUGAUUUAUGUAAAGGAGACUUAA